GUGUGUGUGAGAAUGUGAGUGUGUGUGUGUGUGCGCGUGUAUGUGCGUGAGCACAUGCUCCAGCGCUCUCACACCGCCGUCCUCUCCGUCUGCUCCUCCUCGGGUCUCCUGCUCACAUCUAUGCAGGUGAGCUAUGGACGAAAGCACCUUUGAGACAUUUGAGGAAGAGCUUGGCAAACCACUGCAAGACGUUCCUCCACAGAAACCUAUCAGACAAGCGCGAACAGGAGGCAGAGCAGCGUCGUUACGCAAAGCGCUGUCCAUCCAGAAUCUGACGCAGAUCGAGACGCCGUGGGAGGGCGUGACGCUGAACAGGUGUCUGAUCGCAGCCAUAACCAUCCUGCUGCUGAGCUCCGGUUUACAAAGAAUACACGGCCGCAGAGGCCGUAAGGAGGUCAGUGAAGAGCUCAUAGCACUAAACGACAGACACGCUCUGAUUAAAAGGGGGAAAAUAACACCGCAUGAGCUGGACACUUCCUUAUGGGACACAUUGUUCUGGUGGAUUGAUGAUGAUGAUGAUGAUGAUGAAGGCAAAUCCAAGAGAGCGAGUCGCGGGAGAGUUUCCAGGGGCCUCAGACACCGGGCCCUUCCAGACCUCAGGCUCCUGAAGAAAAGAGAGACAAAAUUCACUGAGCGCAGAAGAAGAGGACGACGAGAAGUAGAUGAGACUAAAGAGAGGCUGACAAAAGAGAAAGAGAUGAAAGUCAAGGAAGUGGAAGAAGAAGAGGAGGAGGACAUAGAGAUGAAGAAACCAGCGAAAGAGAGCAAGCAAAAACCUGUGAAGAGAGAGAGAAUCAGUGAUGCACAGAUAACGAGUGCAUAAAGAAAACAGGGAGUGCUUAAUUGUCUUGAAAAAAAUCUUAAUGGUCCUAACAGGGAUUCGAUUUCUUUAGCAAAAUGUGUUUUCUUUUGAUUAUAGGGUGAAAUAUGUUCUUGACAGGUUUGCAAUAUCCCGAUGCACUUCUCCCUAUGAUAAAAAGGUAUUAUUUGGUGCUUUUUUGUUUUGUAAAAUCUGUAUGCUUUUGAGACUUUAUGGUCAUUUAAGUCAUAAACCCCUUGAGAUUUUUACAGGACUUUUUGCAAUUAUGACUGCAAGCUCAACUCACAAACCUCAUGAAGAGGUUACAAUAACAAGAAUUAGUUUAUUAGUACUUCAG